GAGCCGAGGGGGAAGGGGCCCGGAAGGAGGCGAGCGCGGCCGCGACGCCGGGAGUCGGACGCCCGCUCGUGCCGGCCUGCCACCGCCGCCGCCGCCGCCUUCCCUGCCUGUGCCCGAGCUCCGAGUCCCGAGCGGCCGCGAAGGCCGAAGCACCGCGGUCGGGCGUGGGGCGAGCGGGGCGAGCGGGGCCGGGAGCCGGAGGCCCGGCCGGCGUCCUGCGCGAGGCACGGUGGGCUCCUGCCUGUGAGCUUAGGCAGGGACGGAAAGGGAAGAAAAAGAGAGGCCGAGAGGAGCGAGGCGAUCGGAUUUUCGAGGAGGCUGGUGUGGAGGAAAAACCCACCCCGAACUCAGAUCCACAAUAAUAAGCCAAAGGAAUAAUAAUAAGGAGCAGUUUUUUCUGGCCGGGCGAGAGAGAGAGAAGGGGAACGGGAGGAAGCGAAAUCUCCGUUUCAUGGAGGCUGAGGCAAGAGAGGUUUUCAGAGCCUGGAUGUGGAGGAGCAAAACAGGAGAACUAACUCAGGAAAUUGUCUUUCAGAAAAAGGCCGAACGCAGGCUGGGUCUGAGAAACAGGCUGGGGUAGGCGGAGGAACCUGCAAGUUUAAAGGAAAAAGAAAAGGAGAGAAUAUUUUCAGAGAUUCUCUCAGGUUUAUGGUUAUUGCUACCAUUUUAGGGGUAAAAAAAAAAAAAAAAGCAUUGCAUUUCAGGUGUUCUUUGAUUUUUUUUUUUUUUUUGUGCCAUUGGCUCAUUUAAGAGUUUCCAAAAUCUUUACUGUAAAAGCUUUUUCUUUCCUUUUUUUUCUUUUUAAGGAAAACCAUUUUGGUUCCCAGCAUUGCACUGGGCUUGGGAGUGCUGUUGUGUCCAUACAUAUUGUAUGAUUUUAUUUAUUUUAUUGUGCAAAUCAGCUGGAAGAUUUUUUCCAAGUGCCAUUUCGGAUUUAUUCAUCCUUUUUUUUUUUUUCCCUUCCCUCAAAUAUAUCUGCUGUUGUCAUUUUAAGCAUCGGAGACCAGAAAAUUAUUUUCCCCCCCUUUGGAGGUAGAGACUGUCUUGCUAACAGAAGGACAGCUGGGAAAACUGUAUUUAAAGGAUGGUUUUUAUCUGUAUUUUGCAGUUAAGACUGAUAUUUUGAAAGCACAUUCUUUCUGUGAUUCAUUUUUUAGCUCAUAGCGCUAACCUUGAAGAGAUUUGUGGUUGGGUUUUGGUUUCUCAGAAGGUCAUAGUUUUUCCUCUCUUCCUUUCUUUUUUUUUUUAUUUUUUAUUUUUUUUUAAGAGUGGGGAGGGGAAAAGGGACUAAGAAAGAAGACCAUGUCUACUGGUAGAAGUAGAGUGGAGCUUCAGUUACCAGGGUCCUGAGAGCUGGAGGAAAAAGGAUUCAAUCUUCAAGUUGGGAGGCCCUCCUGUUAACCCUUCUUAAAAACUGCAAGUGAUUCAAUCCUGAUCAAGACACCAAAGCUACAGGAUACUGGAACCGUGGAGACGAGAAACCAUGAGUGUAAGGUUACCCCAGAGUAUAGACAGAUCAGCCAGUAAAAAGCAAUCUCAUCUGUCCAGGUUAAGUAGCCUGUCUUCUCUGGGAGAUUCUGCACCUGAGCGCAAGUCCCCUUCCCACCAUCGCCAGCCUUCUGACACCUCUGAGACAACAGGUCUUGUUCAACGCUGUGUCAUCAUCCAAAAGGACCAGCAUGGGUUUGGCUUCACAGUCAGUGGGGAUCGCAUUGUUCUGGUGCAGUCUGUGCGGCCUGGAGGUGCAGCCAUGAAAGCUGGUGUGAAAGAGGGCGACCGGAUCAUCAAAGUCAACGGCACCAUGGUGACCAAUAGCUCUCACCUGGAGGUGGUGAAGCUUAUCAAAUCCGGCGCCUAUGUUGCACUGACCCUCCUGGGCUCCUCACCUUCGUCCAUUGGUGUCUCAGGGCUCCAGCAGGACCCAUCCCCAGCAGGAGCUCCCCGAGUCACUCCCAUAGCCCCUCCACCACCACCACCUCCACCUCUACCACCUCCACAGCGCAUCACAGGACCCAAACCACUGCAGGAUCCCGAAGUUCAAAAACAUGCCACCCAGAUCCUUAGGAAUAUGCUGAGACAGGAGGAAAAAGAGUUACAGCGUAUCUGUGAGGUGUAUAGCCGGAACCCCGCCAGCCUGCUGGAAGAGCAGAUCGAAGGUGCCCGGCGGCGAGUCAUUCAGUUACAGCUGAAGAUCCAGCAGGAGACUGGGGGCUCAGUGGACAUUCUUCCAGUAUAUGGUGACACCAGCCAGAGAUCAUUCGAAGGCCGUCUCUCUGUGGACUCCCAGGAGGGUGACAGUGGCUUGGACUCUGGGACAGAACGCUUCCCUUCCCUCAGUGAGUCAUUGAUGAAUCGGAACUCAGUAUUGUCAGACCCUGGGCUAGACAGUCCUCGCACCUCCCCUGUGAUCAUGGCCAGAGUGGCCCAGCACCACAGGCGGCAGGGCUCAGACAUACUCAUCCUCCCAACCUGUGACCAGGGUGUAGAUCAGAGCCCCAAGCCUUUAAUUAUUGGCCCAGAGGAAGAUUAUGACCCAGGUUAUUUCAACAACGAGAGCGACAUCAUAUUCCAGGAUCUUGAGAAACUGAAGUCACGUCCAGCUCACCUGGGGGUUUUUCUACGUUACAUCUUCUCUCAGGCGGACCCCAGUCCACUGCUUUUUUACUUGUGUGCAGAAGUUUAUCAACAAACAAACCCCAAGGAUUCCCGAAGCUUGGGAAAAGACAUCUGGAAUAUUUUUCUAGAGAAAAAUGCGCCUCUGAGAGUGAAGAUCCCUGAGAUGUUACAGACUGAAAUUGACACGCGCCUGCGGAACAGUGAGGAUGCCCGCAGUGUUCUCUCUGAAGCUCAGGAGGCAGCCAUGCUGGAGAUCCAGGAGCAGAUCCAUGACUACAGAACAAAGCGCACUCUGGGGCUGGGCAGCCUAUAUGGUGAAAAUGACCUGCUGGGCCUGGAUGGGGACCCUCUUCGAGAGCGCCAAGUGGCUGAGAAACAGCUGGCUGCCCUUGGAGAUAUUUUGUCCAAGUACGAGGAAGACAGGAGUGCCCCCAUGGACUUUGCCCUUAAUACCUACAUGAGCCAUGCUGGGAUCCGUCUUCGAGAGGCACGACCUUCCAACACAGCUGAAAAGGCCCAGUCUGCUCCUGACAAGGACAAGUGGCUACCCUUCUUCCCUAAGGCCAAGAAGAGCAGCAAUUCCAAGAAAGAAAAGGAUGCCCUGGAGGACAAGAAGCGAAACCCCAUCCUCAAAUACAUUGGGAAGCCCAAAAGCUCUUCUCAGAGCACAUUUCAUAUUCCCUUGUCCCCUGUGGAAGUCAAACCAGGCAACGUGAGGAACAUCAUUCAGCACUUUGAGAACAACCAGCAAUAUGAUGCCCCAGAACCUGGGACACAGCGACUCUCGACAGGAAGCUUUCCUGAGGACCUGCUGGAAAAUGACAGUUCACGCUCAGAGAUUCGCCUGGGCCGUUCCGAGAGCCUCAAGGGCCGGGAAGAGUUGAAGCGGUCUCGAAAGGCAGAAAACGUGCCCCGCUCUCGCAGUGACGUGGACAUGGAUGCUGCCGCAGAGGCUACUCGCCUCCACCAGUCAGCCUCAUCCUCUGCCUCCAGCCUCUCCACCAGGUCUCUUGAGAACCCAACACCUCCCUUCACCCCCAAAAUGGGUCGCAGGAGCAUUGAGUCCCCCAGCUUGGGGUUCUGCACAGAUGCCCUCCUUCCCCACCUCCUAGAGGAUGAUCUGGGCCAGCUGUCUGACCUGGAGCCAGAGCCAGAUGCCCAAAACUGGCAGCAUACAGUGGGCAAGGAUGUGGUGGCUGGGCUAACCCAGAGGGAGAUUGACCGGCAGGAGGUCAUCAAUGAGCUGUUUGUGACCGAAGCUUCCCACCUGCGCACACUCCGGGUCCUGGACCUUAUCUUCUACCAGAGAAUGAAGAAGGAGAACCUGAUGCCUCGGGAGGAGCUGGCCCGGCUUUUCCCUAACCUGCCUGAACUGAUAGAGAUUCAUAAUUCCUGGUGUGAAGCCAUGAAGAAGCUCCGGGAGGAGGGCCCCAUCAUCAAAGAGAUCAGUGACCUCAUGCUGGCUCGGUUUGAUGGUCCCGCCCGAGAGGAACUCCAGCAAGUGGCUGCACAGUUCUGUUCCUAUCAGUCAAUAGCCCUAGAACUGAUCAAGACCAAGCAGCGCAAGGAGAGCCGAUUCCAGCUCUUCAUGCAGGAGGCCGAGAGCCACCCUCAGUGCCGGCGGCUGCAGCUUAGAGACCUCAUCAUCUCAGAGAUGCAGCGGCUUACCAAAUACCCACUGCUGCUGGAGAGCAUCAUCAAGCACACGGAGGGAGGCACCUCUGAGCACGAGAAGCUCUGCCGGGCCCGGGACCAGUGCCGGGAGAUUCUUAAGUAUGUGAAUGAAGCAGUGAAGCAGACAGAGAACCAGCACCGUUUAGAGGGCUACCAGAAACGCCUGGAUGCCACCGCCCUGGAGAGGGCCAGCAACCCCCUGGCAGCAGAGUUCAAGAGCCUGGAUCUUACAACCAGAAAGAUGAUCCAUGAGGGGCCCCUGACCUGGAGGAUCAGCAAGGAUAAGACCUUGGACCUCCAUGUGCUGCUGCUCGAGGACCUCCUGGUGCUGCUGCAGAAGCAGGACGAGAAGCUGCUGCUUAAGUGCCACAGCAAGUCAGCCAUGGGCUCUGCAGACAGCAAGCAAACCUUCAGCCCUGUGCUCAAGCUCAAUGCUGUGCUCAUCCGCUCUGUGGCCACAGACAAACGGGCUUUCUUCAUCAUCUGCACCUCCAAGUUGGGCCCACCCCAGAUCUACGAGUUGGUUGCAUUGACAUCAUCAGACAAGAACACAUGGAUGGAGCUCUUAGAAGAGGCAGUGCGGAACGCCACCAGGCACCCUGGAGCUACCCCGAUACCUGUCCAUCCCCCGCCCCCAGGUCCCCAGGAGCCUGCCCACCAGGGCCCCACACCCAGCAGGGCAGGACUGGAUGACUCAGAAGUGUUCCACAGUGAACCAGAACCUGAGGAGCUACCUGGAGGCACUGAGCCCCAGCAGAAGGUCCAAGGGAAGCACCCAGAACUGCUAGAGGAUCCUGAGCAGGAGGGCAGUGUGGAGGGAGAGGAGCUGGGUGCCCUGCCUCACCCCUCCGUGUCCCUGGAUGGAGAGAACAGAGGCAUCAGGACAAGGGACCCCCUCUACCUGUCCCUCCCAGGCCCUCUGUUCAUGGAAGGCCUCGCUGAUUCAGCCCUGGAAGAUGUGGAGAACCUGCGGCACCUGAUCCUGUGGAGCCUGCUGCCAGGUCACACCAUGGAAACACAGGCUGCCGGGGAGCCUGAGGAUGACCUGACACCUACACCUUCUGUCAUCAGCAUCACCUCUCACCCCUGGGACCCAGGCUCCCCAGGGCAAGCUCCCACUGGGGCUGAAGGGGACAACACCCAGCUCCCAGGGCCAGAGGAGGGCCAGCCAGAGCAGGAAGACGUGGCUCUCUGUUCUCUGGAACACCUGCCCCCAAGGACCAGACAUUCUGGAAUCUGGGAGUCUCCCGAGCUGGAUAGGAAUCCAGGUGAAGAGCCUUCAAGCACAGAGGCAGCAGGAAGUUACAAAGUUGUGAGAAAAGCUGAGGUGGCAGGCAGCAAGGUUGUCCCUGCACUACCAGAGAGUGGCCAGUCAGAGCCUGAGCCACCUGAAGUGGAAGGCGGAACAAAGGCUACGGGGAACUGCUUUUAUGUCAGCAUGCCAGCAGGACCUCUGGACUCAAGCACUGACCCUUCCAGGGCACCUACGAGCCCCUCCCAGCCUGACAGGCUUCCUGCCUGGCAGAUGGAGCCUCAGCCCCAGCUGCAGGGAGGCGGUGGAAAUCAAAGACGCCCCAGCCGCUCUCCCCCGAGCUUGGCCCUCAGGGAUGUGGGCAUGAUCUUCAGAACCAUCGAGCAACUCACCCUCAAGCUCAACAGGCUCAAGGACAUGGAGCUGGCCCACAGAGAGCUGCUCAAGUCCCUUGGUGGAGAGUCGUCUGGUGGCACCACACCUGUGGGCACUUUCCACACAGAGGCAGCUAGGUGGACAGACAGCUCCCUCUUGCCUCCAGCCAAGGAACCCCUGGCCUCUGAUUCCAGGGACAGCCAUGAACUGGGGCCCUGCCCUGAGGAUGGCUCUGACACCCCCCUGGAAGACAGCGCAGCAGAUGCAGCCAUGUCACCAGGACUGUAACCAUCCAAACCACCAAAUCCUCCGCAUCCCCACUCCUCCUUCAGGGACUGGCCUGAGGCAGGGGCACAGGGUGAAGAGACCCCAAACCUCCUCCCCGUGGAAGAGGCAGUUAGGGAAACUGGGGUCCAGCCAAGGCCAAGGGGGAGACCCGCAUGUUGCUUGGUCUGCUCAGAUUGGAGUCAAGUUUCAGUGUCUUUUCCCCACCCUUCAGCCCAGCCCUCCAAGGCCUCGUGACUGCAUCUGAAAGGCCCCCACUCAGUGGUUUGCCCCUAAGCAUGCUGACUGCAUUUGAAAGGCCCCCACUCAGUGGUUCGCCCCUCACCCCACAUACACGUGUACGCUGUACACCUGUACUUGUGGCGUUCUCAGACCUGCAAGUGAAAGAAGGAGCGUCUGUGUAAAUGCACUUUCUUCCUCCCUCCUUCCUCCACAGGACCCCAGGCAGAGGUGGGUGUCUCCCCUCUCCUCUCUGUCACUUUGGUUUCCUAUAAAUAUGUAUGUACUGUAUGUGCAUCUUUGCUAUUGUAAAUAACUUUGACCCUUUUUGUUUCUGUUCCUGGAGUUCUGGAGGCAGUUACAGAAGGGGCUGUUAAGGGAAGAGGGGCUCACUUGUAUCUCCUAGUUAACAGCCCAGCUUCAGGAUCAGGGCCUGAAGGUGGAACCAGACCUGAGUGUCCCUGUGCCCUGUGGGCAGGAAGGUCUCCCAGCUUCUAGCCCCACCAAGCUCCAGGAGCCCAUCCUCUGCAGCUCGGUGCUGAGUUACUCCCUCUCCCCAGGACUUCUCAUCUUCAUGAGAUGGGAACCCAUGGGGUCCCCACCUAUGUCCACCCUUCCCCCACCCUAACCCUGUAGAAAACCAGUGUAGCAGGUACGGAGCUGAAAACUGGGCCCUAGGAAGUAGGGGUAGGGGAUUCGAAUACUGGAGUUCUUGAAUUAACCUAGGACCAUCCCCAGGGGCCACCGCCACAUUGGCCCUAUCACCACAUUCUCAUUUCCUCCCCACUGAUGAAUAGAAUAUACACACUGUGCUAGGUGUAUAUAUACAUAUAUAUAUAUAAAUAUAUAUAUAUAAUAUAUAAAAUACAGAUAUGGAAAUGACUGUUUUGCUGU